CAGGAGCCCUCCGACGACGAAGGCGUUCCGCUGGCCGUGGUGGUGCCUGCGGACGACCAGGACGAGACUCCAGGCUUCCUCGCGCAGAACUUGUUCUCGGUCAGCGCCUACGGGGAUGACCCCUCGCAGUUCGAGUCCAUGACGUUGAGGCUGUCCGACGCUAGCGUGCUGCCGAUGAGAGAUGUGUUUUCCAGGUAUCGGAUCGGGCAGUUCCAGGUGGUCCCCGACGGCCCUGGCACUAAGGGCAUCACGGUUCAGGGGGCCGCGUUCGAGUCGCACAGGUUUUCGGGGAGAUUGUAUUUCGACUUCAAUGCCAUCUGCGUGGGGCUGGGCCUCCAGAAGAACCACUCCAAGAGUAGCAAGUGGUUCAAUAAACGGCGGCAGCGGUGGGAAGUGCUCUCAGUCAAAUACGGGGGCAGCGGGAUGUGUUUGCGGAAGUCCGUCCCAUAUGGAGCCCAGCCCGACGACCUGGCGCAGCCUGAGAGAUGCUUGAUGUUCCCGUCCGUGAGUGCCAGGUUCACGCUGCUCUUAGCGCUGCGUAGUUCCGCGGCAGUGCAUGCCCGCCACGGCCUCCUCCACGGUGGCUCCAGGGAUGCGUUCGAGCGGCUCUUCAACGGCUUGCUUGGCAAGAUCCCCGAGAACUUCGACAUCCAUCUUCGGGCGGACCACGCCGCCUCCAAGGUAGCCGACUUCCACUUCGGCAGGUGCCCGUUCACGGUCACCGUCCGCGACGGCAUCGUUCGGGUCCAGUCCUUGAGGCGCCUGUUCGACGAGGGCAAGGUGCCGUACGUCAAGUGCGUGAGCGGCCAGAUAGAUAGGUUCCUCCACCUCGACGGCGAGGGUUUGUACACGUUCGUCGUGCAGCUGUACAACGCCGCG